UCUAUCUUUUUCUUUCAGAGUUCAUUUAUCUUUGUCAAAAGUAAAGGGAUUAAAAAUGCGUCUCAACUGGGGCCGCUUGCUCUCUACAGCGGCAAUUACAUCAGUAGUUAUUGCCGCAACUACUUCAAGCAAGACCCUCAGCGACAUAUGCUCCAAAUCUGUUGUACAAGCUGCUUUGCCCUCCGACAUCAUCCAGGGAAUCACAAUCGACUCAAGCUCAGUCACAACGAACAUUGUCACGAACAGUUCUGUCACUAGUAAUUUCUUUCCGGACUCUAUUAUUAACUUCUGCAACGUGACAUUUGCCUACUCGCACGAUGGAAUCACAAAUGACCGCGUUCUUCUCGAAAUCUGGCUGCCGGCAACAGCUCAAUUCCAGAACCGCUGGGUAUCAACCGGCGGUGGCGGCUACGCCAUCAACUCCGGCGACUCGUCCAUCCCUGUUGGUAUUAUCUACGGAGGAGCAUCUGGCAUGACAGACGGCGGCUUCGGUAGCUUUUCGAAUAGUGCCGAUACGGCUAUGCUUCUUGCUAACGGAACUCUUAACUAUGAGACCCUGUAUAUGUUUGGGUACAAAGCACACUGGGAAUUGAGUAAGAUCGGCAAGGCUUUAACUAAGAACGUUUUUGGUUUGUCUGGUAGUGAUAAGCUAUACUCUUACUAUCAGGGGUGUUCUGAGGGUGGCCGAGAAGGUUGGAGUCAGGUGCAGCGCUACGCAGGUGAGUGGGAUGGAAUUGCUGUCGGUGCCCCGGCCUUUCGUUGGUCGUUCCAGCAGACGCAGCAUUUAUUUUCGAAUAUAGUUGAGAAGACAUUGGAUUACUACCCACCACCCUGCGAGUUGGAGAAGAUCGUGAACGAGACUAUUGCCGCAUGUGAUCCUCUGGAUGGCAAGACCGACGGUGUAGUCUCAAGAUCGGACCUUUGUGCUCUUCACUUUGAUAUCGAAAGCGUUAUUGGCAAGUCUUACUAUUGCGCGGCGUCGAGCGGCGGGCCCGGUCCGUUCAAGAAGUCCAAGAGACAGUUUGGUGGUGGUGGCUCAACCCCUACACAAAACGGCACCGUUUCUAGGAAGGGUGUUGAAGUUGCAAAAACCAUCAUCAAUGGACUACACGACUCAGAGGGCCGUCGGGUAUACUUCUCAUACCAACCCGGCGCGGACUUUGAUGAUGCACAGACACAGUACAAUUCCAACACUAACACAUGGGAACUCGAUAUUGAUCAACUAGGCGGCGAACACAUUGCUCUACUAGUGUACAAGAACGGCACAACUCUGGACUCGCUUGAUGGAGUAACGUAUGACACCUUGACAGAGUGGAUGGUUUCCGGUAUGUUGGAAUACGAUAGCACUCUUCAGACUACCUGGCCCGAUCUCACUCCAUUCCAAAAGGCCGGCGGAAAGGUUAUUCAUUUCCACGGUGAAGCCGACCCAAGUAUCCCUACUGCGUCCUCUAUUCGGUACUGGGAAUCAGUCCGUCAGAUCAUGUAUCCUAAUAUGACAUAUCUGGAUGGUGCAAACGCUUUAAAAGAAUGGUAUCGUGUUUAUACUGUACCCGGUGCUGCGCACUGCGCCCCUAACCCAUUAAUGCCCAAUGGUCCUUGGCCGCAAACAUCUCUGGGUAAUCUAAUUGAUUGGGUUGAAAAGGGAGUCACGCCGGUUACAUUAAACGCCACUAUCCAGCAGGGAGAGCAUAUCGGUGACAACCAGCAGCUGUGUGCGUAUCCUCUACGUCCUCUGUGGAAGAGUAACGGCACUAUGAGCUGUGUUUAUGAUGAAGCAUCAAUCGCCACAUGGAACUAUGAUCUCAAUGCAGUUCCUGCUCCCGUAUACUAG